CGCUCAUAGACACAAAAGCAUCAGAUUCAUGACACCCUGCACAGUCACUACACCGCUCAUCUUCCUGACCUCUUCGCAACGUUGUAGACAUGUCAACCAUCUCCUCUACAAAGAGACCGAGAAGCGAGUCAGCGGCGGAACCCAGUAAUCCUAGAGAGUCUUGUCCAGAGUACAGAUCCUUCUUCGGGCCCGCGACAGAGACAACGUCAACGAAGGACAACACAGAAAUAAGACAGAAGUAUCUCCUCCCUGACGUUCUUCUUGGUACCUCGGCUGAGCAGCGCAAAAGCGCGUUCCAGGAGGUGUCGUUACCGUCGGGGACGUAUGAGUACACGGGUUCCCCGCCGACCUCGUCUUCCUCUACUGCCACAAGAAUGCUUUCUGAAGGCGUUAAAGAGAUAGAGAAGCACAUCGAGGCUGACGCUAACGACCGUCACUAUGCUGGUCUAUACGAGAUGCAGACAAAUGCGGCCGUUGACCAGUGUGCAAGUGAACCCGGAACUGUGGCUCCCGGAGGUGUCUCUAGCAUCCAACUCACGGGCUUGGAAUCGCUCGAUGUACGCCCGGGACCUUCCAAAUCCCGCACUCCGGUCUUUGUUGAUCAUGGCGUAGGGAGCAGAUCGACCAUCCCGAUGCUAAUGAAAACCUCAUGGCAAUCUUCACGUCUGUGCUCUGAUGAACUCCGGAUGGCAUUCGAGGUCUGGAGGUUAUCAAAAAAGUGCGAACUGCCGUUCCCACCUGAAUCACUUGGAUUGGCAGAGGUCCCAAUUCCUGACUUCCAGACGGACAACUCGGAGCCUCUGACGACAUCUGGCCCUGGACCCCACUUUCCUCCUCGGACAGUGUGUGUUCUGAUGUUUAGGCAGCCUCUCGGAGAUAUGAUUGGCAGCCAAGUUCUUCCGCAUGAUCUUGUACACCUCCACAUGGAGCUCGCCGACCAGCUUCUCACCCUCGCAACGCAUGAAUUCCACUAUCGAGAUCUCAAUGAAGGCCUUCUUCGGGAUUCCGACAACACGCUCCUUAUCAUCGACUGGGGGAAGAUGCGUGGAAAUCUUAGCCCGCGGAGACAAUCAGGGUUGACGGACGCAGAAGCGACUAUUGACCGAGCCACGGACGAUACGAGGUCGGCCAACCCGCUCUUCCUGCCGACCUGCUCUCUCAAGGUCGCAUCUGCGAUCCAUUCUUGGAAUGGGGCGGUCACGACGGCGUCGGUCGACUUCCAGGAAGCUCUCGAUACAGGUGCCGGCCAUCGAGCCGGACUAGAUAGCAUCUUAGCUAGGUUGGCGGGUCUUCGCAACCCGUUGAAAAAGCUAGCCGUACACGGCCAUCGUCACAUCGACGACUUGGAGAGUGCGGUUUUUCUGCACUUCUGGCGGAUGGCAUACUGUGGUCCGAGCACGCCGGAGCCGAGAGAGUUCUCGGCACUACUUCAGUUUGGGGUGAAGAUGCAGAAUCUGUGGUCAAGCGAUGGGAACUGGACACCCGUGCUGAGGCAGUACUGUUCGAAGGCGGGCAGGGAAUGGAUCAAGUUGAUGCGUGACUUGCGGGACACUAUUUACAACGCUCGCGUAGCCCUCGAUCAGUCUCUCUCGGACAGCUUUGAGAAGCAGGCCAAACUCAACCUCGACCGCUUGGAAGUAGAGCUGCUGACGCUUCCAUGGAACAAUCACCAGGACGUGAAACACAACCUCUAUAGUCUGUUUGAGAACAGACACUUAUUUGACGAAUCUCGACUCAACGAGAUUGAGAGGAAGUGUUUCAAAAAGUGUAGCGAGCUGCUGAGAAAUGCAGAGAUUGCGAUCAAGGCACGCAGACUAUAGAGAGGGAGAAAGGCAAAGACCCCGAUUGGUGAUGGGCAUCGUGGCCUUAUUUUCCUUAUCACAGCGAUUCUCUCGAGCGCAAGCCGAGCGCAAUCCGCUCGUUUUCGAUUUCAUGUCCUUGUAGGCGCAUGCGCCGUCACUUGUGUUCACUUGCGUCGCUUAGCACGACGGUGUACAUCGAUCUUCCACGUCGCUUCAG